AUGGCUUCCGACUCCGACAGCAACGCCCUUCAGACGCGCAAGCCUGCCUUUCGGUUCCUCGACCUGCCGGCGGAGCUGAGAAAUCGGGUGUAUGAGGAGCUGCUACUACACAACCGCACUCGUGGAAGGCUCGCGACUCCGCAGCUACUGCGCACAUGUCGACAGAUCAACGACGAAGCGAAGGGAUUGCUAUACGUCUCCAGCUCCUUGACUAUAGACGCCAAGUUCUUCAUCUCCGAAGAUGUCUUCGACGGCGGUAGGGAGCACGCUGGAUGGGCAUUCAGCGAGCAAGAUCAGCAAUGGCGCGAGUGGUAUGAGAUGAGCGACAUCGACAAGGAGGAACUCGAGGCAACAGGCUAUGCCCCUCCACCAUCUCCACGCCGUAACCCACUCGCAAGCAUCGGAGGAACCAGCUACUACAAGCCUUGUCUGCUGACUGGCGAUAUCCAGCGACGCGCCGAACCCCUAACUCUACGACAAGCCAACGAGCUCUGGCCCUCAACGCUAUGCGACAUCCCGACUCUGAACCUCAACAUCUCUCUCGAACUCGAUCCGCUCUUCGCCACCGACGAGAGUAUGGAUCGGUCCGACUUCAGCGGGUUCAACUUCCUCCUCUACUCCCUGUUCUCACAUCUCAGCUCCUCGUCCAAGAAGCAAAAGAUCAUCAUCACUCUGCUCAACCUUGCUGGAGUUUCUGACCUCGAGAUCACGUACUAUGGCUAUCCUCUACUGAAAAUGCCUCCCAACAUCAGCGUCGUGAUUGACGACACUGAGCUAUCUGUCGAGUACCGUGCAGGGCUGGUGAAGAACGACAAGUGCCUUAGCGUCAUCAAGAACGACAUCCUGAAGAAAGGCGUCGAGAACCUGGACAGGUUGGAGAACCUGACGCACGACGACGAUACAUCCGAAAAUUAUCCAAUUGAAGUCAUACGCCAAGCUCGUAACGCCCGAAAUUAUCUGAGCAAGAUACUGGAGACGAACAAUUGGGGCUGGGUCGGAGACGAGGAUGAUCUCUAUUAUGGCAAGGUCAAUAUCCUGGUUGAAGAGGUUCUGAAGCAAGCCUCGUCCAGUAAGAAUGGGAGACAGGCAUGGCUGGCAAGAAUGCGUCUGCGUGCGCUGGUGGUUGAUCUGGAAACAGUAGUGGAAGACUAUUGGUGGACUUGGGAUGCACCGGUUCAUGCCCCGGUUAUAGGAACGUUGUGCAUGUGA